CUGAUUCAAGUGUAAUGAGAACGUGCAGUAUAUUUGUUUUCUACUUUUCUACAGUAUUUCUGGAAAGAAACGUCAUAUUUCGGAAAGUAUUGUUUGAAGGUUACAACAUUUCAUCUGUACGUGGAGUCUAAGGAUGAGUUUCUGGCAGCCAGUCUCUAACCUUAGAGAAUAUGUAUCCYAUAAUCCACCAGGGGCAACCUUUUUCCUGUGUCUCUUGACUCUGGCCAUCUCAUUAAUUUACCUCAGUUCUUACAAUUACACUCACAGUCUUCCAAACCCGGACAUAGCAAAGGACUGGAACACUGUGCUUUCAUCUUUAACACAGUUCCAUCUGUGUGAAAAAAUAAAUUCAAGUUUGAUUGAGCAAGUUCCGUCACAUUCUCCUCCUCUAAUGGAGCAGGAAAAAACUAAAACAACCUCAGUGAACUCAACAGAAAGUCCUUCUGUCACUGUUCUGCACCUCUGUGUUCCUAUGACUGUGACGACCUCUUCACAGAGUGGCUCGCUGAAAAACAUCGGUUUAGUCUCCAGKUUAACAGCCAGUCAGCUUCAUCUUGGAGGCAAAGAAAUGGUUAAUCUCACACUUCAGRUCAUAUCUGACAACAGUUGCCUCACCAUAAGUGCUCCAACACACAUCCUGCCUAAAACCCCGCUUCCUCCAGAGUGCCCUCCGUCAGAGAAACAUACUUCAAUCAUUCCUGUGGAAGUGACCAAUCAACUGGAAACAUCACAGACCUGCUAUGAGCUGCACUUCAAGAAUGACCCCACACUUACCGUCAUGUUAACGCUGGAAGACAAAAGUGUGGCAGUGCAACAUCUGCUUGAAGUCAGCGUGGUUCUGCUCGCUGUUUGUUUGUUGCUCUGCUUAGCUGCAAGUCUCACAAACUCCAAGACACGCCACAAACAGCACAGUGGGCUCGACCUCCAAAAUGAGCCCCAGAUUGACAGUUGACCAUUUUGCUCAUUCUGUGCCACAAAGAAAUCAGCUGGUUCCUGAAAGAGAGCAACAAGUGCUACUGCUUUC